AUGAUUCUCUUUUCAGUUAAUGAUCUUUUCGCCUUGGAGUCAACAGUGAACUCUCUUGAUAGAGCCCAAGCAGCCAAGAACAAAGGCAACAAAUACUUUAAAGCAGGGAAAUAUGAACAAGCUAUUCAUUGCUAUACAGAGGCGAUCAGUCUGUGCCCUACCGAGAAGAAUGUUGACCUUUCCACAUUUUAUCAAAACAGAGCCGCUGCCUUUGAACAGUUGCAAAAAUGGAAAGAGGUGGCACAAGAUUGUACAAAGGCUGUUGAACUUAAUCCCAAAUAUGUGAAAGCUCUCUUUAGACGUGCAAAAGCCCACGAGAAGCUAGACAAUAAGAAGGAAUGUUUAGAAGACGUCACUGCUGUGUGUAUAUUAGAAGGGUUCCAAAAUCAACAAAGCAUGCUGUUAGCUGAUAAAGUUCUUAAACUUCUUGGAAAAGAAAAAGCCAAAGAAAAAUACAAGAAUCGUGAACCUCUGAUGCCAUCUCCACAGUUUAUCAAAUCUUACUUCAGUUCUUUCACGGAUGAUAUAAUUUCUCAGCCCAUGCUUAAAGGAGAGAAGUCUGAUGAAGAUAAAGACAAGGAAGGGGAGGUUUUAGAAGUGAAAGAAAAUUCUGGAUAUUUAAAGGCCAAACAGUACAUGGAAGAAGAAAACUAUGACAAAAUCAUAAGUGAAUGCUCAAAAGAAAUAGAUGCUCAAGGCAAAUACAUGGCAGAAGCAUUAUUACUGCGAGCUACCUUCUACCUGCUUAUUGGCAAUGCCAACGCAGCAAAACCAGAUUUAGACAAGGUCAUCAGUUUGAAAGAUGCUAAUGUGAAGCUUCGAGCAAAUGCACUCAUCAAAAGAGGCAGCAUGUACAUGCAACAGCAGCAGCCUUUGUUAUCCACUCAGGAUUUUAACAUGGCUGCUGACAUUGAUCCUCAGAAUGCAGAUGUUUAUCAUCACCGAGGACAGCUGAAAAUACUGCUUGAUCAAGUUGAAGAAGCAGUGGCAGAUUUUGAUGAAUGUAUUAGAUUAAGACCUGAGUCUGCUCUGGCACAAGCACAGAAAUGCUUUGCAUUGUAUCGCCAGGCAUAUACAGGAAACAAUUCUUCACAAAUCCAAGCAGCUAUGAAAGGGUUUGAAGAGGUCAUAAAGAAAUUUCCCAGGUGUGCUGAAGGCUAUGCGCUAUAUGCCCAGGCAUUAACAGAUCAACAACAGUUUGGUAAAGCUGAUGAAAUGUAUGAUAAAUGUAUUGAUUUGGAACCAGAUAAUGCCACAACAUAUGUUCAUAAAGGUUUACUUCAACUUCAGUGGAAGCAAGACCUGGAUAGAGGUUUGGAGCUUAUCAGCAAAGCUAUUGAAAUUGACAGUAAAUGUGAUUUUGCCUAUGAAACCAUGGGAACUAUUGAAGUACAAAGAGGAAACAUGGAGAAAGCCAUUGACAUGUUCAACAAAGCUAUUAACCUGGCCAAAUCGGAAAUGGAGAUGGCUCAUCUAUACUCACUCUGUGAUGCAGCCCACGCCCAGACAGAAGUUGCAAAGAAAUAUGGAUUAAAGCCACCAACCUUAUAAAAUAGGGGACGGGAACAUGACUCUCUUUUUAGAAGAAGUUUACCCCCUCUGCAACUGAACCCUAAAGACAGUCAUGAACUGUGUUGGAUGGUGGAACUUGGUAUUUCCUGUUUGUGCUGCUGUCAUUCGUUACAUCUGUUUCACAUUUAAGUGUUGUGGGAGUGGCUGUUAAAGGAAGUGUGCAGUGUUGCAGCUUUUAUUCCCUGUGCAACAAAAGCUUAAGACCUGUUCAAGGAUUAUUAAAAUGAAGUUGCAGAGUACAAAUGAUAAUUGGCCAUGCAAAUAAAACUUUUAUUUGUUGAUUUGGCACUUUUUUUUUUUUUAGGAGGGCGGGGAGAUGGAUGAUUUUGUCUUUAUAUGUGUGUGUGUAUGUGUGUAAUAUAAGUAUUUUUACAGCAUGUUGGUUUUUAAAGUAAGAGUAAAUGUUGAAAAUUGGUUUCUUUUAGAUCCAAUUAAUCCCUUUGAGUUUUGGGGUUUUUUUGAAAGAAAUAAAGCCUACAUGGGGAUUUUGUUUUUAAGGCAGCAAAACUGGGAGAACCCUUUAAAGUACUGUCAGCAUGCACAAUGCCUCUAAUUCUGCAGAACCUUUGACUCAGUGGCAACUGUUCAGCCUUUUUACCCCUUCAACUCUGAUGGAUAAUGUACAUUAUUCUUCAAGUCCAUAACAGCUGGUUUUCAUUGUAAAUUAUGCAGAAGCAAAUAUUAUGAUUGAUGUAUGUGCUGGAAGACUGAGUUAAUGGAGGAAUGGACCAGGUAAGAGGUAAGGUGAAAUGAAUGUGUGUUUUUAAUUGCCAUGACUAUUUUCUGUAAUAAGUACUAUUAAAUAGUGUCUUUUUAAAAGAAAA